AUGGCCCAGGACGAAAUGAAGGUCGACGAGGGCUAUUCAGGAGGCUCCGAGGAAACGAGAAGCCUAUCCGACAGUGAUUCUACCAUGCACAUCGAUCCCGUCGACGGCCAUGUUUCAAAGUCAUCCACACCCACGCUUGAGUCGCUGCUUUCGCCCGUACUGAGCCUGCCCCCGGACCAGAGAUCCGCCUUCAUGACCUCGCUGCUGCGACUGCUGCCAGAGUCGGAGCGAUAUGGUAUUUGCAUAAUCUCCUAG